AUGGUCGGCGCCUCCGACCUCGCCUUCCGGCUGCUGUGCCGGCGCCACGGCGCGGACUGCGCCUAUACCGAGAUGCUCGACGCGAGGCGCUUUGUUGGCGAGCCCGAGUACGCGAGCAGCCUCUUCUGGAGCCAGCUUGGCGGCGCCGCCGACCGUCCGCUCGUGGCGCAGUUCUGCGGCAACGAGCCGGACGAGCUGGUUGCGGCGGCGCGGCUGGUCGAAACGCACGUGGACGCGGUCGACCUGAACCUCGGCUGCCCGCAGGCGAGGGCCAAGGAGGGCGUGUACGGCGCGUACCUCCUCGACGAUCACCACUGGCCGCGCGUCUUUGCCAUCGUCGACGCGCUCGCGGCCGCCCUCUCCGUCCCGGUCACCUGCAAGGUGCGGCUCUGUGACUCGCUCGACCAGACGCUCGCCUUUGCGGCUGGCCUGCAGCGGGCGGGAUGCAAGCUUGUCGCCUGCCACGGCCGCCUGCGCGGCUCGGCCACCCGCCGCCGAUCCGGCCCCGCGGACCUCGCGGCGGUGGCCGCGCUGGCCGCCUCGCUCCGCAUCCCCACCCUCACAAACGGAAACGCGCUGCUCGCAGACCCCGCCCUCUUCGCGCGCGAGGCGACGGGGCGGCGGUGUGGCACGUCCGACCGGAGGGGCCUCGCCCUCGAGUACCUCGAUCUGGCGACCGCUCACCCGCCUCCCAGCCUCGACUACGCGCGAGCGCACUUGGGCUACAUGCUCGGCCGCAGCGGGGCGGGCGCGCGACUCGCAUACAAGCACUCGCACUGGGACCCGCACGCGCUGCGGCAGGCGCUCCUCGCCGCCGCCUCGCUGCGCCAGCUGCAGUCCCUCGCCGCAGCCGCCUUCGGGCGGGGCGGGCGGCGGUGGAGGGUCGAGCAGCCGCCGCCGUGGUGGGGCGGCGGCGAGGCGCUUUCGGUAGAGGGGGGGUCCGGGGAGGCGGACGCGGACGCGGACGCGGGGGGAGCCGCAGCGGAGCCGCCGCCCCGCCGGUGCCAGUGCUUGUGGUUGUACGUCAGCCGCCACGAGCGCGUGUACGUGACGCGACACCACGUCUGUUUUCGCUUCGGCUUUCGCGUGGUGACUCUGACUGGAACACUGAUCACUGUGGUCUGA